GCUGUCACUUCCUCCUCCGUAGAUUAGUGUCCGGGUCGUAUUGAGCCUCCUGCUCCUGGAGUCUGUGGCCAGAGCAGCCGCCGCCGAGGCUGAGCCGCAGGGGCCGCCGCCGUGCCAAGAGGAGGGAGCGGAGAAGAAUCAGGAAGGGAGGCAGCGGCGGCAUCGGGCCGGACCGGGCUGGCGUCUCUGCGCCUCCUCCUUUUCCUCCGCUCUUGGGGGACCGGGGACCAGCGCUGAGGGGCCGCCCGCGCACGGCUUCCCCUCUCUCCACCGGCUCCGCUCCCCUGCCCGUCCCGCGGGGGAGGGCGGAAGAUGCCGGUGAAGAAGAAGAGAAAAUCCUCCGGGGCGGCUGCGGCGGUAGCGGAAGACGGAGGCCUCAAGAAGUGUAAAAUCUCCAGCUAUUGCAGAUCACAAGUCCCUGCUAAACUAAUAAGUGGAGAGGAGCAUUUUUCAAGCAAGAAGUGCCUGGCUUGGUUUUAUGAAUAUGCAGGUCCUGAUGAAGUUGUAGGGCCAGAAGGAAUGGAAAAGUUUUGUGAAGAUAUUGGUGUUGAGCCUGAAAAUAUUAUUAUGUUAGUUUUAGCCUGGAAAUUGGAGGCUGAAAGCAUGGGAUUUUUUACCAAGGAAGAAUGGUUAAAGGGGAUGACUUCAUUACAGUGUGACUGCACAGAAAAGUUACAGAGCAAAUUUGAUUUUUUGCGCUCACAGUUGAAUGAUAUUUCAUCUUUUAAGAAUAUCUACAGAUAUGCCUUUGAUUUUGCAAGGGAUAAGGACCAGAGAAGCCUUGAUAUUGAUACUGCUAAAUCUAUGUUAGCUCUUUUGCUUGGAAGGACAUGGCCACUGUUUUCAGUAUUCUACCAGUACUUGGAGCAAUCGAAAUAUCGAGUUAUGAACAAAGAUCAGUGGUACAAUGUAUUAGAAUUCAGCAGAACUGUCCAUGCAGAUCUUAGUAACUAUGAUGAAGAUGGUGCAUGGCCUGUUCUUCUUGAUGAAUUUGUUGAAUGGCAAAAAGUCCGUCAAGUGUCAUAGCAAGAACUAUACUGAGGAAAAUGCAGACCUUUUGAUGCCCACCUGUAUACAAACUAAAAUGAGAUGAGGAAAAAAAACCAAGGGGCGCAUUUUCAUUCUUAUGAAAGACUUCUUAUAGUACUUUUUUUUCCUUUUUUUUAAGGAAGUUUUCUUGUUACAUGUGAUAUGGGCAUUGAACCACACCUUCUGAGACUGAAAAAAUUGAAGUUUAUGUUUUGAGUUAUGUUUAUAACUUUUAUUUCAGAACAAUAAAGAUUCAGAUUUGUGACAAAGGCUUUUAAGUGAAGAUGUCCCUUGAGUACAAGUGUAGUAUUUAUUUGAAAAAAUCAAAAAUUUGACAUUCUAAUUAUCUAAAAUCUACUUUGCUAUGAAUUUUUGAAUUUGCAAGACUUUUUUCACCCCUUAACAGAAAUAAUUUAAAUUUUUAUAAUUAUUCUAAUUGUAUUAGAAUAAUUAGAAAACUAUGGUCUUCUAACAAUAAGGCUAAUUAUACCUCCCUGUGCACAAUUAGGAUGAAUAAUUGUUGACUUUGGAUCUUUGAUGCUUGUUUUUCUGUUACAACUAUUAAAUUAUUCUGCAUAUGGAGAAUCCUAUAACUUUUUAAAGACUUAUCAAGGUCUGUUUAAUCUCACAUGCACACAUCUUAAGAAUUUUUGAAUUGGGAAAGCCUAUGAUAAGUUAUUUUCUGACCACUGAUUUGCAUCCUAAUUAGCACUCAACAUUGCAUAUAUGAGCAACACAUAUAAAAACACAUUUCCUUUUUGAGCAUUUGCAUUUAUGAAUACACUUGAUAUUUUUGUAAGUUAAAGUUCCAUUUGCAUCUGAAAAACCAGGAUUAGACAUAUUCAGUUCCUUGAUGAAUCUUACUACCUUAUUAAGGAUCCAGGGUCAUGGCUAGCUAAACUUGGAUAGCUUUAUGUUGUUCACACUUUCCCUGUUUUUUUCCACAAUCUCCUUCAAAUCAUUCUUUUGACAGUUUAAAGCACUGAAUGCUCAUUAUUGGAGAUAUUUUUUGUUGUAAGAAUUAAACUAGUUUAAAAUUUUCACUGUUGAUGAAAACGGAGUAUUGCCAAUAUUCUCAUUGCCAUUUUAAGGAAUUAGUUUGGAAAACUUUAUGUCAGUGAUCACUUUGUGAGGCUAAGGAGUAAAGGGAUAAUUUAUGAAAAAUAUUAAGUUUUUUUUAAUAGUCUUAUUUCUAGUAGCUGACAUUUCAAAAUUUAUAAAGCACUUUACAGAUAUCAUUUUUGAUCUUUAUAAUAUGUCUCUAUAAGUUAGAUGUUAUAGGAGUUAUAAUUUUUAAAGGUUAGGUAACUGGAAUUCAUAGAGGUUACAUCACUUCCAGAGGUCACACAAUAAAUGGUAGAUUACAGACUCCUCCAAUAAAGGAUUUUUCACUUAAGUCUAGUGUUUGUUCCAGGAUACCACAGCUAAAUAAUGAAAUUAUGGUUCGAAUACUUACCAGAUUUUAUAGUAAGAGCUAAUAUAGAGGUUAAAAUAUAUACAUCUUUUGAUAACAAAUACUUAAUAGUUGAAAAAGUUUAGAUUUUUAUUUAAAUGACCUUUGGAGAGUUUUAUAUGUAAUUGAUUAUUUGUUUGAAUGAGACAAGAGCCUUACUUUAAGAGAAACAUUUAAAUAUUUAAAAUGAACAUUUAAAAGAUACUUUGUUUAAAAAAAUAAUUUGGGACUUAUUCACAUUUGUGCAUUUAAAGUGUAUCUUUAAAAAAGGAAAACUGCUUAUUGGGUUUCACACAGUAGGAGUUUGACAGAAAAUAAUUUUAAAUAUCCCAUUUGAAAUUGAUAGAUGUGAAAAUAUUUCAUUUCUCAAAGAAGUCUGUAAGAAUUUUGGAAGUCAGUAGAAUAUGCUAAAAUAGAAAAUUGAACAAUUAAAAAAUAACAGACCUGUUUAUUAUUCUCUACCUUCUCUGUCCAUUUCUUUUAUAUAUUUAUAGAGAUUCACAAAUAACUCCUUAGAGUCAAUAGAAAAAUAAUUGUUCCUGUGAGUCUUUCUAAUGCCUUCAUCUUAUUGGCGCAGUAUUGGCUGUGUUUUUUCUUAUCCUUCCCCAUAGUUUGGUGGUAAUUAAUGCUUGAACAAUUUAAGUCAGGAGAUCAGAUAGUAAAAUAAAGUGUUUUAAUUGUUAAAAAAAAAAAAAAAAAAAAGCAUUGCAGUGUACCUAUAAAUCUAAGAAAGAAGAUACUUGUCACUCUUUGCACUUGUUGAUCACCUAGGAUAUUAGAGCUAAUAAGCUUCAAAUGCCUCAUUCAUAUUUAUCAUAAGAACUAAGAUUUUUUUGUAGCAUUUUUCAUGCAUGGAAUGAAAUGCUAGCGAUUCAAGAAAGUAUGAUCCUGCCCUUUUCUCAUAUUUUAAAUUGGAGAUGAUGAGUGAUUCUAUUUUAUAGAUGGUCUCAAUAGACUCCUAGUUUUCUUUUUCUCCAGGUCAGUAGUUUAUACUUGAGCUUUAUGGAUUCAAAAGUAAAUUGCUAGGAAUGCUGACAAUAAAGUUUGAUAGAAGCUAUUUUUAUUGUAUGUGCUACCUUGCCAUAUGUGUUGUGACUUUGGGGAGGAAGGGUAAAAGAGGGAGAUAACAGUGUUUUUAUGUAAAGUAAAUCAUCUUUGAUGCCUCA